GAUAACCUUAACUGAGUAUAUUAUUUCAUUACUCUUUGUUCCUGUUAAUUGUUUGUUGGGUAAUGGCUACUUGUUAUUUUAUAAAACAUUUGCCUUGUUAGCUUGUUGACUUGUUCUUUUAAGUAAAUUGUUUAUAUUGCUUUCAUCUCACUUGUGAUUUUUGGUAGAGUGUGGGUUAGCCUUUUUUUCAAGUAUUCUACUUUUUGGGAAAUGUUUGUGUCCUGCGCAUUUUACACACAUUUGUGUAAAGAGUGGUAAGAGUGGGAGGAGUUGCACCUAGCAAGGGUAUAGAGUGGGUUUGAGUAUUUUUGCAGCACAUUCACUCUUAAUGCUUGAACGCAGACUGUUGCACCAUGGUCCUUUAUUCUUUUCUUCUUCUCCUUGGUGUCUCUUUGGCUGGUGGGAUGGAGAGUGGUAUUAUUGGAGGAAAAGAGGCUAAACGUCAUUCUAGGCCAUACAUGGCAUCUAUUCAGACUGAUAAAAGUCACACAUGUGGAGGGAUGCUGAUCAGAGAGGAUUAUGUACUGACAGCGGCCCACUGUUUGAAUAACAAUGUCUACUCUGAUCAGAACCUCAUUGAGGUUGUUCUGGGAGCUCACAACAUUAACAAGAUGGAAAACAAUCAGCAGAGAAUCCCAGUGAUGAAAUACAUCAAACAUCCUAAGUCUGAACGUAACAACAAGAAGGAUUACAGCUUUGAUAUCAUGUUACUAAAGCUGAAGGACAAAGCCAAGCUGAAUAAAUUUGUUAACGUAAUGCGGCUUCCUAAGAAAAUUAAAAAAACACGACCUAAUGUUAAAUGCUCCAUUGCUGGUUGGGGGUCAAAAUCCCCUAAAGGAGUACAGGCAUCAGAUGUGUUGCAGGAAGUCAAGCUUAAACUGCAGGAGAACUCAAAAUGUAAAGAAAUGUGGCAGCAGUACUUCAACUCUGAGACAAUGAUUUGCAGUGUUUCAGAUGGAAAACAUGCUUUUUGUAAGGGGGAUUCAGGAAGUCCUCUUAUCUGCAAUACUAUACCACAGGGAAUUGCUUCAUAUACCUUUGAUGGUAACUGUACAAAUACCAAAUAUCCUCAAGUUUAUGUAAAAAUCUCCUACUUUCUCCCUUGGAUUAAAAAGACCAUUGGUUGAAUUGAGACAAAUAAAUGAAUGAAAGGAAUGGAUACAUUUGAUCAAUAAAUAAAUUAAAUAAAUAAAUUGUGAUCAUUACAUUAAAUGUUUUUUGUUGUUGUUUUUUGUUAAUUGCUUGUUCCUGCUGUAACAGUCAAAAUCAAAGUGCAUGGUUUUAGCCAAUUUGAGAUUAUUAAUAAACUGGUGAUAACUAAAAGUAUUACUUCUUUGAAAGCCAUACAAAUAAAUUCACUGCAGCAUUCGUUAAAUUAUUAGAAGACGGCAUCACAAAUGAAACAUUAAUUCAGAAAUUAUUAUUAGUUAGAAUAUAAUCUUUUGACAUAGGUUAAAUAUAUGUGCCAUCAUAGCUGCAAGGGCCAAUCAGAUAGGAGAUUGAAUUCAACAGUGUAAACAUGUAGCAUGAUUGCAGUUUCACACUUUUACACUUUUUGCUUUUAAAUGGGAAAACUAGUUCUAAAUAGUGAUUUUAAUACUCAGCAAAUUAGUCUGCUCUAGCAGAAACCUAUUGUGGCUCAUGUGAUGUCACACCUCUUUGCUCUCUGAGUGACCUUGUGUAAAGUCCCCCUAUGAAGCCCCUUUGUUUGCAUGCAAGCAUGUGGUGCAAGGUAUGAAAACUAGAUGUGUAUUUGAACCAAAGUUGAGAACAUC